CUUCCGGUGGCGUCCGGAAGCGGAGCGCGAAGCCGGCGCGGCCAUGGCGCCCAAGGGGAAGGCGGGCACCAAGGGCAAGAAGCAGAUCUUCGAGGAGAACCGGGAGACGCUGCGCUUCUACCUCCGCAUCAUCCUGGGGGCCUCGGCCGUCUACGCCGUGGUGAACCUGGUGAUCUUUUACCCCGCCGCCUCCGCCUGGACGUGGCUAGCCUUCGUCUUCAGCUUGGUGGUCUACGGCACCAGCUACCGGUCCAUGAACUCCAUGGCAAAGCCGUCUUUCACAGACGAUGGCAGCCUUGCCGACGGGGGAAUUGACCUGAAUAUGGAGCAGGGGAUGGCAGAGCACCUCAAGGACGUGAUCCUGCUGACAGCGAUAGUCCAAGUGCUGAGCUGCUUCUCGCUCUACGUCUGGUACUUCUGGCUCUUGGCUCCGGGACGUGCUCUCUACCUCCUCUGGGUGAACAUCCUGGGGCCCUGGUUUACCGCUGACUCUUCGCCCGCUGGCCAGGAACCAAAUGAGAAGAAGCAACGCCGACAAGAACGCCGCCAGAUGAAGCGCUUCUAGCCCUGGCUGGGGAGGUAGAUUAACACCCUCUCUCAUCUCCGUGCUGGUAUUUCAUCAGAGAUGUGACCGAAACCAACCCGAAACCAUCGCAGUAGCUACGUUGCCCUCUGUCGUUGCCGCCGUUCUGCUGGAAGGGCUGCAAGAGACUUCCCUUGCUUGGUUCUUCGUGCCAGUCGAGGCCUCGCUCCCUGGGAUGACGAGGGGGGGGUGGUGAUGCUGGGAUGUCUGUAAAUACCUUUUUAAAGCGGCGCAGUGUCACGGUCAAGGUUGGGGAUUGCGACGUGGGAGGAAAUAGUACAUUAAAGAGCAGAGUCUAGUUGAC